AUGACAAGAUUAAAUGUUGGUGAUCAAUGCCCUUUAUUUAGUGUUAAAAAUAAGGAUGGUAAAGAAAUCAAGGCAUCAGAUUACAUUGGGAAAAAACCAUUUGUUUUAUUUUUCUUUCCAAAUAAUAUAGGUUACUAUUGUAAAAGUGAAGUUUGUGAAUUUAGAGAUGCCUAUGAAAAAUUUUGUGAAUUUGGUGUUGAAGUUAUCGGAGCAAGUCCAAACUCUGUUGAAUCUCAUAAUAGAUUUGCAGAAAAACAUAAAAUUCCUUUUAAUUUAGUUGUUGAUGAAGGCCGUAAAUUAGCUAAAACUUUUGGUGUCGAUGGUUUUUUAAUUACUGAUAGAGUAACUUUUAUAAUUGAUAUAACUGGUAAAAUUGUAUUUAGUCACUCUGCUUUAUUAAAAUCAACUCAACAUAUUGAAGAAUCAUUAAAAUUAGUAGAAACUUUAAGUGCUAAUUAG